AGUGAACCUUCUCUGAAUCAACAUUCACUUUCGCUGAUUCUUUUGCGUUAGCUUAAAUAGAACCUUUGUAAAAUGUGCUCAGUUGUGAAAUUAAUAACAAAUGGAAAAAUAGUUAACAACGAUCGCGUGCAGAGUUCGAAGUGCAUUCGACUUACGCACCAGGUUCAAAACAUCAUGCUUUCGCUGCACUAAACGCACACUGGUACGCAUGCUGGCUCAGCGGUGGUAGUGGUGCGAUGUAAAAUUGCGUACACUUUUUACAUCUCAGUCGCCCUCGAUCCACUUUGCCUUUUAUUCAUUGCGUAGUGGGUUAUUGAGGAGGACAAUCACAGUGUUGCUCUCGCGCGGCUUAUUUCCCAAGGAGGUAUCUUGUUAUCAACAAGACCUACCGCGCGUGUAUGUGUCUGUAGUGUACAAGAUUGCGACGAAUUUCGUCUUUCGAUGAUUUGCAAAAGAUUAGCACCGAUAGGUACAAGAUAUCGUGCUGUGUUUUAUGGUGGUGGAAAUGAUAAGAGCAUAACACGAACCAUCAACAAUAGAACACCGUCAUCAAAGUGGGCACAAUAUUGUGUUGUUUUCCUUCGCCGUGAAUUAUGUUCUUCUUCUGUUGUUAUUUCACCAGCGGUCGAAGUUGAACGCAAACAGAUACAGCAGCGAAACUAUUCGGAACAGUUGCAGAACAAUAGCAGCACACAAGCAAUGGGUGAAUUCAAUACAAUCGCACGCCCUUCUGCUCAGGGGAAACUGUUGGAAAAUAAGACCUUCUUUCCCGAUCUUCCGAGCCGUGGUCCAUUGGCACCGUACCGCAAGCAGGCGAACAUUGACUGGCGUAAAUUAAAACUUUCCUUCCACGAUGAAACAUCGCUCGAACUGCAGCAUCGAGUGUGGUCGUUCGCACGCAAACAUCCUCUGUUUGCGCAUCCGAAUCACACGCUCACCAUGGACGAGGAACGUCACCUAGCAACCAAGCGCAUGUACGUGGUGCAGAAUGAGAAGAUGUUCACGCUUAGCGACUUCGUCGAGCGCCCGGAUCUUGCCACCAUCUACCAUCAGGCGUGGAUUGCGUACGAACCGAGCAUGGCCGUAAAGUACUCGCUCGGUUUCGGUAUGUUCCCGUCGGUGAUACGCACCCUCGACGUUGGCCGGCUCGAUGAGAUUGUGGAGCGUAAUGAAACGGGCGAGUAUUUGGGUGCGUUCGGAUUGACCGAAAUAGCGCACGGUACUAAUGCGAAGGGUAUGCGCACGACGGCAACGUACGAUCCUGCUGCCGGGGAGUACAUUCUGCACACGCCAGAUUUUGAAGCUGCCAAAUGUUGGAUAGGAAACCUGGGCAAAACCUGUACGCAUCUCAUCGUGUACGCUCAGCUGUAUACCGCCGAUGGUAAACACCAUGGUUUGAACGCGUUCGUCGUGCCAGUCCGUGAUCCGGCCACGCUACAAGCCUACCCGGGUGUUACGGUAGGCGAUCUCGGUGCAAAGGCAGGACUGCAAGGCGUCGACAAUGGGUUCGUUAUGUUCCGCCAGUAUCGUAUCCCGCGCGACAAUCUACUAGCGCGCACCGGAGAUGUUAACGAACAGGGCGAAUUCGUAUCACCGUUUAAGGAUCCCGCCAAACGAUUCGGUGCCUCACUGGGGGCACUUUCCGGUGGGCGCAUCAGUAUUUGUGGCAUCGCAAACGUUUACCUUACGAAAGCGAUAACGAUCGCGUUACGCUACUCGGCAAGCCGCAAGCAGUUCGGACCGGACGACAGUGAAGAAGAGUGGCCAGUGCUCGAGUAUCAAUCACAACAGUUCCGGCUGUUUCCGCAUCUUGCCAACAACACCGUGAUACGGGUGUUUAAUCUUUGGUUCGGCAAGGCGUACGGUGACAUGCAGUUGAAGUUGCUAGGUGGCGAAAAUAUUGGCGCUGUUGGGAUGGAGGUACACGCCCUUUCUUCCGCUGCCAAGCCAGUGUGUACGUGGGCGGCCCGGGACGGUGUGCAGGAGUGCCGGGAGGCGUGCGGUGGUCACGGAUAUCUGAAACUUUCGACCAUCGGUGAUUUGCGAGGCAACAAUGAUCCGAACUGUACGUACGAGGGCGAAAACAAUGUGCUGAUCCAGCAGGCAUCGAACUGGUUGCUAAGCGUCCGUGCGAAGGGAUACGAAAACUUUGCCGAAGUAUCGCCGCUUGGUUCGGCACAGUUUCUAGCACAAUACGCAACCCUUAGUAGGCGAAAGGCAAACUGGACUAGUCCGCUGGAUGCUGGCUCGAUUACAAAUCAACUGGACGCUCUGGAUUGGUUGGUAGCCUAUCUAUUGGAGGAGUCGUACCAGAAAAUGUCUUUGUUAAAGCAACAGGGGAAAUCUAGCUUUGAGGCACGAAAUGAUGUGCAAUCAUUCUUUGCACGGACACUUUCCAUCGCUUAUGGAGAGCGUAUGCUGCUAUAUGUAUUCGGUAAGUUCCUGUCGAACCUUGAGGCCGGUCCCGAACGGCAGGCACUUGAACGACUCGGCUCACUGUACGGCGCUGGAACCAUUCUACGACACAUCGGUGUCUUCUAUCAAGGUGGAUACUUCUCUGCACAGCCAAACGCAAUGGCUCUGCUGCAGCAAGCCGUAUUGGACCUGUUGCCAGCAGUUAAACAGGAUGCGAUCGCCAUAGUGGAUGCUGUUGCUCCGCCCGACUUUAUCAUCAAUUCGCCGCUAGGCAUGAGCGACGGCGACGUGUACCGGCAUAUGGAGUCGGCGAUCAUGCAAGCUCCGGAAGCGCUCGAACGGCCAAAAUGGUGGCGUGAUGUAGUUCACCGAGAUUAUGUGCAAUCGAAGCUCUGAGAGUGUUAUUCUAUCGUGGCCAAUUUGUUUUCUAUUCCAUUACAAAACGCACAUCUUUUUUGUUUCUUGGCUUAUUGCGGACAGCUUCUGUCGCUGGUUGGAAAUCAAUAAAAUAAUACCUUCAUACGGAGGGGGUACUGGGGUCAGGGGUUUUACUACUGUGUAACAAUA